GCUACCUCAACCGCCGUUGAACAUGUCUUCUCGCAAGGUUGCCAUCUACUUCACUUCACACGCAACCAUAUGACAGGUGCGACAUUCCGUGCGAACUUGUGCCUUGGAGCUUGGGGUCAGGCCAACAUACUGUACAUACAGGAUCUUGUAGAAGUGGUU